AUGGACGUUAUCCUCGAACUCACCGACACUUUCGUAGCCGACUAUGUUUACGCCUGGGCCCUGCCCGCGCGGCAAGCUCCCCCCCAGUACACCAACAUGACCACAACAGACCAGACUUUCUCGUCAUGGCAGUACAAGCCCACCUCGGCAUACAUCCAGGUUGAGCCCAGUCAAUACGCCUACAUGAGCGCGUGGAACCGGGACAACAUCGUCCGCCAGACUAUAACCUUGUUCUCGAUAACCUGGAUCUUUGGUUUUCUGCUCUACUUCGUCUUCGCCUCGCUAUCUUACGCUUUCAUUUUCGACAAGAAUACCAAGACACAUCCCAAGUACCUGAAGAACCAGAUUUCCAUGGAGAUCAGGCAGGCCAAUGCUGCCUUCCCCGGCAUUGCCGCCCUCACCACGCCCUUCUGGCUUCUCGAAAUCCAUGGCUACACGAAGCUCUACGACACGCCCGCCCAGGGGCCCGGCAUGUGGUACGAAUUCUUUCAGUUCCCGCUCUUCCUGGUCUUCACCGACGCCCUGAUCUAUUUGAUCCACCGCGGCCUGCACCACCCCAAGAUCUACAAGCAUUUACACAAGCCUCACCACAAAUGGAUCAUGCCGACGCCGUUCGCCUCGCACGCUUUCCACCCGGUGGACGGGUUCGCUCAGUCGAUUCCCUACCACAUGUUCCCACUGAUCUUCCCGCUCAACAAGUACACGUCGGUGGGCCUGUUCAUCUUCGUCAACUUCUGGACCAUCAUGAUCCACGAUGGCGAGUACGUGGCUAACAGCCCUGUCAUCAACGGUGCCGCCUGCCACACCAUGCACCAUCUGUACUUCAACUACAACUAUGGCCAGUACACGACCCUGUGGGACCGUCUUGGGAACAGCUACCGCAAGCCCGACGACGACCUGUUCGAGAAGGAGAAGAAGAUGAGCGAGGCCCAGUGGAAGCAUCAGGUGGAGGAAGCGGAGGAGAUGGUCAAGCUGGUCGAGGGUGAGGACGAACGGAGCUACGACCCGGUCGACGCCAAGAAGAACGACUAG